CCAAAGAGAGAUAAACCAAAGCGAGAGCUCCAGAUACAAAGAGCGAUUCGAGAGAUCUCUCUCUUUCUUUCUCCUUCUACUGAAAUCCUUCUUCUUCUCCCCUCCCCCCCUCUCUUACAUCCCGCUUCUGUGAAUCCCUUUCUGUCAUCAUCUGUCUUCUACGAAAGCUGUUUUGAAAGGUUUAUUGGUCUGUUUUAAAAGGGUUUUUUUGGAAGCCAGGUGUUUCAGAACAGAGAUCCAGAUCUCUUCUUCUUCUUCUUCUUCUUUUAAACUUGGGUUUUGAUCUUGUUUUUGUAGAUUUUUUCUUUUGUUUUUGCUAGUCUUUGAUUUGAUCAGCCAAGAGGGUUAUUUUUCUGUCCCUCAGUUUGUUUUUUUAGGUGAUUUUAUCAGAGAAAAGAGGGUGUUUAUUCCCCACCUCUUUGCUCCUUGUGUAGAAAAGCUUUUGGGUUUCUCUCUUCUUUUUUUUUACAAGAGUAGCCUUUAACAUCACUUGCCUGUUCUUUGUUUUGAUAAGAAACAGGUGGGAUUUUCUGUAAUUUUCUUCUGUUUCCUCUUCUUUUUUCUUCUUCAACUAUAGUGGAAAUCUUCUUCUCUUUGCUUGUUUAGAGAAGGUAUGGCAGCAGCUAUUGAUUUCUACAGUAGCAGGUCUGUUUUCUCAGAUCCCUCUAGAGAGGAGCUCAUGCAAGCACUGGAACCUUUUAUCAAAGGUGCUUCUGACUGCUCUUCUUCUCUCUCCCCUUCUUCUCUCUCUCCUUCUUCCCUUUCUUCUUCUCCCUCAUGUUACUCUUUCUCUCCUAUCUCUCCUCUCUCUCCUUCUUUCUCUCCUUACUCCAACCUUCCUUCAAAUAGCUGUUCUACAUCGACAACCGAGAUGAAUUUCCAAGGUUUCUCGAACCUCGAACAGCUGGGACUCGAUUCAUCGAGUCCGAUCGGGCUUACCCACCUGAACGCAUCACAUGUUCAGCAGAUUCAAGCCCAGAUCCAAUUCCAGCAGCAGCAGCAACAUCAAUUAGCUCUUGCUGCGGCAUCCGCCAGGAACUUGAAACAGUGGCAGCAGCAGCAGCAGCAGCAGCAGCAGCAGGCGAUGAAUUUCCUUGGCCCGAGAAUCACCACGACGAUGAAGCAAGUGGGCACACCACCAAAGCCGACGAAGCUCUACCGAGGGGUGAGGCAGCGGCAUUGGGGGAAAUGGGUGGCGGAGAUCCGUCUCCCAAAGAACCGCACCCGCCUCUGGCUUGGAACCUUUGACACUGCAGAGGAGGCUGCUUUGGCCUACGACAAGGCAGCCUACAAGCUCAGGGGGGAGUUCGCGAGGCUGAAUUUCCCUCACCUCCGUCACCAUGGCGCUCUUCUCGGAUCGCAUUUCAGCAAUUACACACCUCUCCAAUCCUCUGUCGAUGCGAAGCUUCAAGCGAUUUGUCAAAGCUUGGCUAAUUCGCAGAAACAGGGGAACCCCACCAGCCCCGCUUGCCUUCCUGAGCCGGAGAGCGACCGUCGAUCGCAGUCGGGUUCAUCUGGUUCGUCGUCACCAGUGAUUGCGGAUGUUCCGAAAGUUGAGAUUGAGUCCGUGGGUUCGGAAGUGAGCAAGGUUGAGAGCUCGAGCUCGCCGGAAUUCUUGUCCGAGAGCGACGAGUCCGCCGGAUCUUCCCCUGCUUCUGAUAUCAAGUAUCCUGAUUUCACAGAACCGCCAUGGGAUGAGUCGGAGAGCUUUCUGUUGCAGAAGUUUCCGUCGUUGGAGAUUGAUUGGGAAGCUAUUCUUUCCUAAUUGAUGUUGGGCACCUAUCUUUCUGAUUUUUUUUCUCUUUUGUGCUCUUUUUUCUUUUUUUUCGUUUUUACAAUUGAGAUCUUCAGUAGCUGUUGCAAUGAGUUUUUGGCAUUUGCAAAAGCUGCUGUUGAGAGUGUCUACCUUGUGGUAAUUACAUAGGUUAGUGGUAGUUUCUAGUGUUAGGGUUUGAAUUAGUAAUGUUUAUAUAUGUUAUGUAUGAUUCCUGGUAGGCUGGUUUUUUCUCGCAUUACCAGGGUACGUCUCUUAUGGAAUCUGUGUUUACCAGUGUAAUUAUUCAUGAAAUGUUAAUGUAUCUUGUGGUUAUUUGUGGUGUGUUA